UCUGGCUGGAGGUCACGUCACCGGAAAUAGGGAACUUCACGGGGAAUACCAAGUCAUCUCACUGCAGAAAAUGAGAGAGUACAAUUAAAUUUUGAUAAACGAUCCACUACAAAGUAGUUGAAAAUCCAAGAAUCAUGAAACCCGAGGCAGAAGAGUUGAAGAAACAAGGGAAUGAGUCUAUGAAAGAGGGAAAGCCUGCUGAAGCAGUGUUUCACUACACCCAUGCUAUAAAAAUAGAUCCCAAAAAUCACAUUUUGUAUAGUAAUCGAUCUUCAGCCUUUCUUAAAAUAGAACAAUAUUAUCUAGCCCUACAAGAUGCCAUCACAACUACAAAACUUGAACCAACAUGGCCUAAGGGUUAUUUCAGAAAAGGAGAGGUAGAAUUUCAAGCUGGUGAUUAUCCUGCAGCCUUAAAGUCAUAUAAGCAUGCAUUUGUACUAGAUACUUCUGAUGAGGGCAUUAAACAAGCCAUGUCAAAAACAACCAAAGAAAUCAAUAAACAACUAAAAGUUGCCAGACAACAGCCAUUAACAUUUGCUGGUAUAGGAGGAGCUAUAGGUAUUAUUAUAGUUACAGCUGACCAAUAUUUAGCCAAUCAGCCGUCCAUUCCGCAUUGGAUAUUCCAAAUAAUAUUAAUUGCCAUUUUGGCCGUAAUUGGUUUCUUUUCAUCUAAAUUAUACAGAUACAUGUUAUCAAUGCAGCAAUCAUCAUUAUUAGAUCCACCUCCAGAUAUAUUAUCAGAUUUAGGUGGAACUCCUGACAGUAACCCUGAACCAGACAACGAAAAAGAAAUACCAAAACAUCGCACGGGACAAAAAGGUGGACGUCAAAGAUAUAAGAAAGGAAAAUCAUGAUAAAGAUUCCACGAUUCUCUAUAUAAUAGCAUUCAGUGUGUUCUGUGAACUGAAUUAGAAACCAAAACUGUGCAUUAUAUCAAGGAAACAAAAUUUAACUAGUGACACAUGAGAUAAAUUUUGCUUUUUAAUCCUAAGAACACAACUUGUGAGGAAAAGUGAAAUGAAAGACAGUGAAUGUUGUUUAUUUUAAAU